GCUGUUCUAGCUACAACUGUAGCUUGGGUUUCUUGCGGGACCAGUUCAUUUUUUUGGAUAUUCCCAUAAUGAAUUAUAGCAAGUAUCUAGCGGGGGAACUAUAUUUUGAGAAAAUAGGUGAUUCAGAUGAUGGCUCAGCUGUUUCUUUGAAGUUAGCACAAAGCAUUGCCAACAGUGCCUUUUUCAUAAUCUGCAUCUUUGGCUUCCUGGGGAAUGGAAUGGUCAUCCGGCUUCUGGGCUUCCACAUUAAGAGGAAUCCUUUCACCACCUACAUCCUGAACCUCUCCAUCGCUGACUUUGGUGUCCUUGCAGCUCUCCUCAGUAUUAUUUUGCCUAUUGUAACUCUCUAUGAGAAAUCCCAUGUUGCUGUUUUGAUCAGAAAAGUAUUAUUUGAACUAUUUUUCUUCACGUAUUCUGCAGGCCAGUUUCUACUGACAGCCAUCAGCAUUGACAGGUCUGUGGCUGUCCUCUUCCCACUUUGGCAUCGAUGCCACCGACCACCACGUUUAUCCACCAUUAUCUGUGCCCUGAUUUGGUCCCUCUCUUUCCUGCUCUCAGGCACUCACCUUACUCUCCUACUGACUCAGAGCUUUCCAACUUCUAACUUAGUGUACCAGCUUAUUGUAAAUGCCCUCAUUUGCACUCCUCUGAUGGUCACCUCCACUCUGAUACUGGCCCUCAAAGUCUGCUGCAAAUCAGAGCAGAAGCAGCGUGGGAAGCUGCUCACCACUAUUUUGCUUGCCCUUCUUUUCUUCCUCAUCUUUGCUUUCCCACUAAAUGCCAUUUACACUGCCAUCUAUUUUAAUGAGAACAAUAUAUUUCUAAUGGAAGUUGGUUUUGUGUGUGCCUCUCUGAAUUGUAGUGUCAACCCGGUGAUCUAUUUCCUAGUUGGGAGGGGACAGAAGAAGGGCCAGUCCAGGGUCUCCAUGAAAGUUGCACUCCAGAGGAUUUUCAAGGAUGCGGAGGACUGCGUGGAAGAGUCAGUGUCCAGAACUGAAAACUCAGUUUUGGAAGAGUCGAAGUCUGGAACUGAAAACUCAGUUAUGAUGGCUUAAAAGCUUAAGACAAGCGUUGCCAACUUCUGUAUUAUCAUGAUCACCAUGAUGUAUAGAUAAUAAUCUGUUGUUUGAGUGUCUUCUUGUAAUUCCUUUCUAUCUAUUGUCAAAAGUUUCACUUUAGGAGUUCUGCAUUUUAAUGUUUGCUUUGGAAAUAGCACUAUUGUGAAGAUGGAGCUUGGAUGGAAAAUAUGUGUGAACAUAGAUUUCUUCAACCCUAUAUUGUCCAAUGGGUUGGGCAUCUCUCUCCACCAACAACUGUCAUAAUAUUUCUUGGAGUUACAGCCAACCCAGAAGCAACUUUAGUCUACAUUGUUUAAAAUCUUGGAUCUAGUAGACCCAUUUUGAGUCACACAAUUCAAAUUGAUUAAUUUUUUGUUGUAUCUAUUUCAACAAUCCCAAAGUUUUAGAGUCUGUAGCAUGAAUGUUAUAAAGAUAUGGUGAUAUGUUAUGGAACUACCCCAUUGAAGAAAAUAACAAUGGUUACUUAGACUUUGCUUCUGGUUGCAAAGGGCCCCCCAUAACAAUUCAAGCUUCAGGGCCCCAAAAAUGUAGGUCCACCAUAACUGCAGCCCCUUGCUCAUGCUGACUGUGGUGGCAGCCAGGGGCGGAGCUUCAUGCUCCAGCACAGGGGCGGGGCUGGCGUCAGUUCUGGGGGCAGGGCGCACCUUCCGGAGAGGCAGGGCACACAUUCUGGGGGCGUGACACGCCUCCCGGAAGGGCGUGACACGCGUUCCAGGGGUGUGGAGUGCCUCCCGGAGGGGCAUGGCAUGCGUUCCAGGGGUGGGGCGGGCAGCCGCGAUGGCAUCCCUGGGAUCGCACUGCCUGGGGCGCCCCGCCCCCACCACCCCUAUCUUCCUAUGCCCCUGGUGGCAGCCCAUGCCCGCUCUUUGCUAUCAGGCCCAGAUUUAGGUCAAUGCCCUCUAGAAAUGACUAUUUUUUUAAAAAAAAAUUACAUCUGUUGAAAGCCACCCAGAGUGGCAACCCAGUUAGAUAGGUGGCAUCUAAAUUAUAAAUUAUUAUUAAAACUGGAUCCACUUUUCCAAAUUCUGUCUAUGACCUCGCAAAGCCUUGUUCAAGGAAGCCCUGAUCUCCAUAGUCAUCCCCUCCUCCUAGCAGAUAGUUAAACUGCCAUCUAGUUUAUUUAGUAAACGUUUGAUAAAUUCAGUCCGGUGGAACUAUGAGGAUGAUGCAGUUUACGGCAGAGGACAUGAAUAAUUCAUAGCCACUUGGUUAUUACCAAUCGUAACCAUGUCUACUCAGAAGGUAAAUAGGGUUAUGAGUGUGGCCCUCAUUAUUGGUCUGUAAAUUUUUGAUUCUUUAUAUGGCCAUUGUUUUGCCUUACUAAAUCUUCUAUUGUUUCUGUAUUCCUGUAUAGUUUAUCUCAUAUGUACAAGUGGUACCUCAGGUUAAGAACUUAAUUCGUUCCAGAGGUCCAUUCUUAACCUGAAACUGUUCUUAACCUGAGACACCACUUUAGCUAAUGGGGUCUCCCGCUGCCGCCGCACCACCACUGCACGAUUUCUGUUCUCAUCCUGAAGCAAAGUUCUUAACCCGAGGUACUAUUUCUGGGUUAGCAGAGUCUGUAACCCGAAGUGUCUGUAACCUGAAGCGUCUGUAACCCGAGGUACCACUGUAUUGUCCUUUUUCUCAUUUCUCUAUUGCUCACUUGUGUUUCAUUUCUACCUUAUUUUCUUUCUUAUAUCUCAGAGUUUGUAUGUCUUCAUCAUCAAUUACUUGGAUGAUGGGCUUGAGGGCAUCCUGAGCAAGUUUGCAGAUGACACCAAAUUGGGAGGGGUGACUAAUACCCCAGAGGACAGGAUCACACUUCAAAAUGACCUUAACAGAUUAGACAACUGGGCCAAAGCAAACAAGAUGAAUUUUAACAAAGAGAAAUGUAAAAGUAUUAAACUUGGGCAAAAAAAAUGAAAGGCACAAAUACAGGAUG